AUGCGCUGUUCAGAUGUGACAGCGACGAGGUGGCGAGAGGAGUCACACUCAGGUGCUUUCAGCAGCAUUGGCAAGAAAGAAGCCGUGGCACUGACCUCAGCAAAGAUCAGAUUGAACGCCUUAGAACCGUGGCCUAAGUGCUGCGACACCUUGCUUGGCUGCCUGGCGUCGGUGGACGCAGAAGAUGAGUCGGAACAAGAUGGCGACAAAGCUCCUGGCCAAGGUCUCAAGAAGUUCCACAGCGAUCCUGCAUCAGUUUGCCUUUGCCGCGUGGGCAUCUUUGGUGCAGAGGAGGCUUGCGCAGCACGGCGACCUGCGGGCAGUACUGGCCCAGCAGGCAGCUCGUUUGCUGAAGCGCUGCAUCAGAUCUUGGGGAGUGGUGAUCAAUUUUGGGCGCAGCUCAGCGAAAAGCUUGCACCUUGGUUGCGAAAAGUUGAAGAGAUUAGGUCCAUACAGCGAGGUCAAGCGGGUACAAGCAGCGAACCUGCUGGGUACUCCCAUCCUGCUCCCGAUCCUAGAGAGACUGAGAGCACCAGCAGCUUUUCUGUGAUCACUUCGGGCGAGCCUGAGCAAGCCCCAAUUCCAGAGGCUCGCAUUCCUGGCCUUACUUGGGUUGAGCGCGAGGAGAUUGCGACUGAGGUGGGGCGUUUUUUGCGGCGCUCUUUGUCUGGGGUGCAUCGAGGCAGCUCGGGGCGUGACGCCCUUCCACUGGCUUCGAGGUUCUGGAUUGUGGUCCGAGAUUUUCAAGGCACUGUGUACGACCCCGUUAGGGUCUUCUGCAAGUGGUCGUCGGCUCGUGCUUUGGUGAAGCGUGGAGCCAGUGCAGGGGAUUCAGUUUUUGUGGGACUUCCUAGUCAGCGGGAAGUCGAUCGAGCGGUUCGGGCAGGAGGAUUUGCUUGGGCCGGCAAGAUUGAGGUCUUGGCUGCUCUCCCUUUUAAUGCAUGGAACAGCAGACGAGAAUUUCGACAGCUAGCAGCCAAUUGUUUCACAAAAGCAGCGCUGCUCGAAGUAGCGGUAUGUCCUAUGGAGGACCGAGCGCACCCGGAUUCGGAAAUCACUAUGAGGGUGUGGGUCGGUUUUCUCAGUUCCACAGUGGUGCAGUCAGUGGUUUGGAGUUCAGAGGAGGAGCCGGCAGAAGUCUCCUUCGACCUAGAUGGAUCACUGGAUUAUUUGCCUUACUCGCAUGCCUUGACCGAGGUUUGCCAAGAUCAUUUUUCUUUUCAGACUCCGAUGGAGGAAAUUCCCUCUGCGGAGCCCGUUCCAGAAGAUGUUGGGUUGGGCGUGCUUUCUUCCAGGGUGACCUCUCUGGAGAGUCAGCUGAGUCAAGUAGCCAGUGGAGUGGAGGCCUUGCUUCGAGAGGUGAAGCCACGUUCUCAGCCGAGCCCGAAGGCCAGAGUACAUUUUGCCCAGAGUCAUGCGACGAUUCCUCCAAGUGUUCAACCUUCCGAGCCCAGAGCUUUCCCAGGAUUGGAUCCAGGUGUUGUUUCUGCGGCUUUGCAGGCCGGAAUUGGCGAAGAGGCUCUCACAGAGAUGCAGACCCUUCUAUCGAAGACUGGGAAGAUGGGGAAGACUCGCGAGCCAGCCUUGCGGCAGCCAUUGGCCGCAAGCGCGCUUUCCGAGACCGAGGAGGAGGCCGAAGAAUCUGGUUUGGCAGGCAGCGGGUCCAGCCAGGAUCCUAUGACAGCAGCAGUCUCAAAGCUCACUCAGAUUGUUUCCGUGUUGGCUCAGAACAAGAAACCUUCCAGUUCCAAUCGGGUGGAGGCCGCUCUGGAUGGCGUGAGCCAUGCUCAGGAGAUUGGAGGCUAUGGCAGCGGCAAGAGGGCUGCAGCGGCGCGUCGAGCGCUUCGAAGCGCUUUGGUGGAGCACCCCGGCGAUUUGUCUGCGGUGAUAGAGCGACACAUGUGGGAAGACCUCAGCAGCCAGACUCUCACUCCUGGGAGUCCUGCUGCGUCGUUGAGUGCUCGAGCCUGGACCGAGCAUCGGUCAAAGAUUGGUGCUUACAAGUCUAUUGCGCAUGCUGCGUGGGGCGUUUCAGGUGCGCUGGACGCUCUGUUUCGGAACGAUGUGCCGUCGGCAAGGGCCCGCCUUUGUCUCCUCCUCCUGCAAUUGGACCAAUGCGCCGUGGAUCGCGGCGGCUGGCAGCUGGCAGCGGAAUUGUCGUUGGAAGCUCCGCCCCCCUUUUCGGUGCUGAGCCAACAUCAACCGCCAAACACUGCAGACGGAGAGUUACCAUAUUCUCGUUUGUUGAAUGCAAGGUGGGCAGAGAUUGCUCUGAGUCAUUUGCGAGACACGGAGGAGUACCUCACCAAGAGGCGGGGCCUGAACAAGUCUGGAGCGAAGGAAGAGCUGCCGGAUCCCAAGAGAAAAGCAAAGGCCAAACCGAAGGCAAAAGCCGGGGAGGGCGCUGCCGCGAAUCGUGAUGAGUUCUCCUUGGAUACCUUGCGUUCAGGUUUUCUUGCUGGUCGGGUCGAACGGGCCCCGAUGGUGGCUGCCAAGUCUAUUCAGUCAAAGCGACUUGCCUUUUCUGGAGCCCCUCGUUUUUGUCCUCAGCCUUAUCUUGAUGAAAGGACUGCGGAGAUAUACGAUGCCCCGUUGAAGCUUGCUGCUGAUCCCGCGUCACAUCUGGGACCGGUGCCAAAGGUGAGAGUGUUUGCCGAUGCUCAGAACAAAGUGUCUCUCUACAAGAAGUUAGCUUCCACAGGAAGGCUGAAGCCGGUGCCUUCGUCAUGCAAGCGCGGACCAUAUGUCUCAGGGAUGUUCUGUGUAUGCAAGGACUUGGAGCGCGAUCGCCUCAUCUUGGACUCCCGGCCUCCCAAUAUUUUGGAGUGCAAAGGCAGCGUUUGGACCAACGCCAUGGCUUCUGCUAGUUCCCUGGUCGACUUGUGCUUGCAGGAAGACCAAGUUUUGGUGGCUUCUGGCGAAGACUUGAAGGAUUUCUUUUACCAGUUUCAAACAACUCCUGAGAGGGCCAUGCGGAACAUCCUUUCUGACCCGCUGAGCUUGGAGGAGGCCGUAGAAGUGUUUGGGCCUGCGUUUGAAUGGCAUGAGGAUCCGGUUUGGGUCGGCCUUUCGCGCAAGAAAGUGUUUGAGGAUGACGAGCUGCUCUCGCUGCGAGGGCGUGUCCCUCGCGGUCUCCUGAGUGUGGGGAUCAUCAUUGACGAUCUGGUGGUGCUGGAGAAAGUCUUGCGUUCUCAGUUUGAUGCCUACAAAGAUGGGAAGAUGCCUCUCCGAAGUGAAGAGCGUCUGAAGCGAGCUCUCUGCGCCUACUCUGAGGCAGGGCUGGAGGUGAACCAUAAGAAGGAGUUCAAAGCCGAGCUCUGCUCACGUUUUUGGGGUGUUGAGCUGGACGGGAAUGCAGGGCUUUUGCGACCUUCCUCUCUGCGGCUCUGGCCUGUGGUGUUGAUUACAUUGCGGGUUGCCAGCCUUGGGUUGUGUUCGGUGUCCCUGCUGGAAGCUCUGGCAGGAUCCUGGAUCUCGAUGUUUUCUCUGCGUCGUCGUCUGAUGUGUACAAUGGAGCUGGUGUUUGAGGCCCUGGCGAUUUCUGACCAAAAGGCGGUGAUCCGACUGUCCCCUGCUAUGAUUGACGAGCUCUGGACUAUGGCCCUAUUGGGGCCCCUUGCUUGCAUAAAUCUGCGGGCUCAGCCUACUGAUUUUUUGGUGGCCACGGACUCUUCUCUGUCGUGGACUGCUGGGGUGAGUGCCAGGCUUCCAAGGACCAUUUGUGCUGAAGUGAUGCGGCGCAGUCUGAAGCGCGGCGUCUGGUCAAAGUUGCUUCCGCCGCAUAAGGCGUGGUUGAGAGAACACGCCCUGCUUUCAGAGGGCGAAGAGAUGCCAGGCGAGGGUUAUAGCUCUCAUCCUCUCUGGAACUUGCUUGCUUCGUGCCUGCAGUAUGAGUUCAACUGGCGAAGGCCUAUUUUGCAGCGCAGACACAUCAAUGUCACUGAGCUUGAUGCCAAUUUGAAUGCCGAGAAGCGAUCCGCUGCGAACUUGAAGCACAAGCGGAUUCUUUUUGCUUUGGAUUCUCAAGUGGCACUCGGAGCUUUGGUGAAGGGUAGAGCUUCCUCUUCAGCUCUCAACGACCAGCUUCGGCGAUCUCUGGCGCAUAUGCUGGGUGCCGAUUUGUAUGGCUAUUAUAUUUAUUUCCCUUCGCCUCUGAACCGAGCGGACGCUCCGACCCGUGAUGCAGAUGUUCCUGGUCCUGAUGUCGAGCUUCCGAGUUGGUGGGAUAGUGCUGCAGACGGUGACUUCACCCUUUUUGAUGAAUGGAUUUCGGCUAUGGAAGCCGGCGUUGUUGAACCUGAAUUCGAUUUGGAGCAGCUCGAUGCCCGAGCCCAACCUGACUUCGCCUCGGCACGAAUGAAGCAUGAUGAGGCAUUUGGUCUAGCCAAGCGGUUGCACAGGAGUGUGGGUUCACUUCGAGCGUCCUUGAAGCCUGUCCUUGUUUCCAAAGCUCGACAGAGUGAUGAGCCUGCCGGCCAGGGCAGGCGUUGCGACAGAGGUGAGAAUUCACCCCCUGCAUCCUUGGAGCCUGGGCUCCCUCCUGAAUCUAGGAGGGCUGAUGAUGAGUCGGGUGGGCUAUGUGCUGAGGCUUUGCAAAUUUUGCGCUCCUUCAACACGAACCAAUUUUUUGCCAAGACAAAACCCUUCAUCCUGCGAGAAGCUGGAGCCCUUGACUUGUACAGUGGGAGGUUUGGAGUUGCGAGGCAGUUGGUUCAGUGUGGAGCCCCUUGGGUUCUGACUUUUGAGAUUGAAAGAAGUAGCUCUGAGGACCUUUUGGAUCCCUAUGUGCACAGCAGAAUUUUACGGUUGCUUGAACUGAAAGCGGUGAAGAUCUUGGGUGCUGCCAUUGUCUGUAGGUCUUUUACUACAGCCAUUACUCCUCCCAUACGCAGCAAGCGCAACCUCAGGGGAAUCCCUGGGCUAGCCCCAGCUAUGAAAGCCAAGGUGAUAGAAGGGAACUCUCAGGCUCUGGUGCAAAUGCAAGCGAAAUCAUUUAGUCUUGAGAGGGAGAUCAGCCAAACACAAGAAGAAUUGGACUUUGGUGGCGCAACCUUAUCCUCUUGGGCUCUGCAAGCUGAUAGCUCUGGCGUGCUGCGUUCAUGCUCGGUGGACAGCCUGCAAGAAGCUCGAUAUUGGGGCCUGCUGCAGAUCCUCUUCCCAGCGUAUAGGCGAAGCAUCCAACCCCGGGCCGAGAUAUAG